GCCUUAAGACCUGCAUUUUAAUUUCAAAGGGCCCCACCCUACAAAUGGCCCUAAACAGUCUCCGUACUAGCCAAAGCGAGUGUGCUUUGCGGCCAAAUUUGCCGAGUGAGAAAUGGCGGCACCCUUGGACCGAAAUUUGCUAUUAGGCCCUCUAGACAUGGAUGGAAAAGAACUAUCUGAGCAAGCACCCAUGCUGCCAAGGAUUGUCUCAGUAACCACACUGACAAGCAGCACUGAAACUUCAGGAAACACAGCCAUCAUGGAUAGCGACAAAGGAAUCUGUGAAGGCACUACAGAAGCUCCACUGAAAAAUCCCAGAACGAGUGUCGACUGCUGCUACGAGUGUGGCGUGUGCAGGCAGCGCUUUUCGACCAAGAAGUCUGUAACAAAUCAUCUGAUCGUGCACAAGGGUGAGAAGCCGUACGCCUGUGACGUCUGUGGGCUCAAGUUUUUUCAGAAGUUCCCUCUCCUUAAACACCAGCGCAUCCACACGGGUGAGAUGCCGUAUGCGUGCCAGGUGUGCCCAUCCAAGUUCUGCAGAAAGGAGUCUUUGGAUCGACACCAGCAGCUACACGUGAGGGGAGUGGACAUGUGCCACUGCCCUGAGUGCGGCAAAUCCUUCAUGCGGAUGAAGACACUGCAGAGGCACCUGAAGUGGCACAAGAUGGAGAAGCCAUACCCAUGCCACCUGUGUCCAGCCAGAUUUACAAAGAUACCUAAUCGGGACAGUCACGUGCUAAUACACAUGGGUGAAAAGCCACACAAGUGUCCCGUGUGCGAGAAAGCCUAUGCCUGGCGUCAAAGCCUCGAACUGCACGUGCGGCGGUUGCACAGUGGAGUUGAGACCACCACCGUGGCAAGUGCUGACAGCAGGUUGGACAUUACGAUGCCAAGUGGCUCUCCGACGACGCUGCCUCCUGGCCAUUUAGGCAUGGAAAAGAAAGAACCAUCUGAGCACGCAACCCUGGAGCCAAGGAUCAUCGUGGUAACCCCACGGAAACGCAGAACUGACACAUCCAUCAUGGAUAGUGCACCAGGAAUAUCUGAUGGCACUGUCGGAGCCCCAGGGAAGGAACCAGGCAGGAGUGUCGGCACGUGUCACGAAUGUAGCGUGUGUGGGCGGAGCUUUACGACCAAGCAAUCUCUGAAACAUCACCUAGUCUUGCACACCGGCGAGAAGAAGUACACCUGCCCCAUUUGUGGCCUGAAGUUCGCGCUGAAGAUCGGUGUUACUAGGCACCUGCGUGUCCACACAAGCGAGAUGCAGUAUGCGUGCCCAUUGUGCCCGUCCAAAUUCUGCAGGAGGACAUCGCUGGAGAGGCACAAGCAGCUGCACGCAAGUGGAGUGAACCUGUGCCACUGCCCCGAGUGUGGCAAGGCGUUCAAGCAGGCGAAGGCCCUGCAGCAGCACCUGAACUGGCACAAGAUUGUGAACCGCCAAAAUAUUGAGAAGCCAUACAGGUGCCACCUGUGCCCGGCCGCCUUCGUAGGAAACAGUGCUCUGGCCAGGCAUGCCCUAGUGCACACAAGUGAAAGGCCACAUAUCUGUCCUGUGUGUCAGACGCACUUUGCCUUGAAGAGUAACCUCACAGAGCACAUGCGCCAGAUACACGGUGAAGAUGAGACUGCCGUGGCAAAUGCUGAUAGCAGGGAGAUCGCAAUGCCAAGUAGCCCUCCGACCACAUUGCCUCCUGCCAUGAGUAAUGACAUCAAGGCGGAACCGAGUAGCCCUAGGACCAUGCUGCCUCCUGUAGUGACAAGUGUUGACAUCAAGUCGGAACCGAGUAGUCCUGUGACCACGCUGCCUCCUGAGCACAUUGACAUGGAUGAAGAAAGGCCAUCUGAGCCAGCCCCCCUGCGGCAGUGUGUAAUCUUGGAAACCUCACCGAUAAGCAGCCCUGAAAUUUCGAGAGAUGAAGCCAUCACAGAUAGCAACACAGGAAACCCUGGCGGUACCAUGAUGGCUUCAGUGACACAGGGCAGCAGGAGCACCAGCAUCAACGAAUCCCUCGAGUGCAGUGUAUGCGGCCAUCAUUUCAAGCUCAUGGGUGACAAGGUGCAUGCGUGCCCUGUUUGCAAGCUGACAUUUGCCCAGGUGCAUUCACUCGCAACCCAACAGCCCACGCACUCUGUCGAGAAACUGUUUCCCUGUUCUACGUGUGGGCAGGCGUUCACGCAGAGUCACCUCGCUAUGCACAAACACUCCCAUCAGCACAAGGAGUCGUUCCAGUGCUGCCACUGCUCAGCUAUAUUAGCAAGCAAGAAGUCACUCAGAAUUCACAUGCGAACGCACACUGGCGAGAAGCCGUACAAGUGUGACAUUUGUAGCAAGCAGUUCAAAGAAAAUGGGUCAUUAGUUAAGCACCGCCGCACUCACAUGGAUGAGAAGCAGUACAAAUGUGAGCAGUGCCCAUCCGCGUUUCUCCACAAGAAGUCACUGGACCACCACAAGGAGCUGCACGCAAGUGGAGUCGACCUAUACCACUGCCACGAGUGUGGCAAGGCGUUUAUGCGAGAGAGGAACCUGAAGCUGCAUCUACGGUGGCACACAAAUGAGAAGCCCUACGCGUGUCACCUGUGUCCGGCCAAGUUCAUGUUGAAGUCCCAUGUAGAGAAUCACAUGCUUACGCACACAGGAGAAAAACCAUUUAAGUGUCCUGUGUGUGAAAAGCCGUUCGCCCGGUCCGACGCAUGUGCAAAGCACAUGUGUCGUAUGCACAACGGAGCAAAGCUUGAUGCGACAGGCAUGAACCACAGGGCGACGCUUUCACCGCCGAACAGCAAUUCCAGCACACCAUAUGUUGAAAGAGCUGACAGAGGCUUGGACAAUUUUAUUACAGGUGAUGUAAGCAGCAAUUCCAGCACGCCACAUGUUGACGAAAAUUUCAGGAUGGACGAUUUGAUUACGGGCAACAUAAGCAGCAAUUCUCGCACGUCGACAGAACUGACAGAUUUCACGAUGGUAGACAAAUCAAUUACGGGCAAUGUGCAUUUGUCAUUAGGUGCUGCUGCAUGCUUGGCACAGUUUUACAUGAGGCCUCUAUGUGGCUGGUCGCUCGUCGCCUCUGAUGGCCCUGUAUUUGGCCAUUUCUGUGGGGAACACCUUGCUCAGCUCCAGAAGCAGCAGUGCCUUGAACCUCUGCACAACAAGAACAUGCAAGUAAUGGCUGCAAACAUUGGCCACACCUUUGAGCCAGAAUGCAUUGCGCAGGGCUACGAGGAUGAGCGCCACGGCAACAGGGCCACCAAGAUCAAAGAAGAAGAGGAGGACAACGAAAGGGGCCCUCUAAACAUGGGUGAUAAAGAUACAUGUGAGCCAGCAGCCCCGCAUCCAAGGAUUGCCUCCGUAACCCGGCGAAGGUGCAGCACUGAACCUUCAAGAGACAUGGCCAUGAUGGAUAGCAACACAGGAAUCUCUGGUGGCACUUCAGGAGCUCCUGUGAAGAAGCCCGGCAGGAAUGCUGGCGGGUGUCACGAGUGUAGUGUGUGUGGGCAGCGCUUUACAAGGAACCAGUAUCUGAAAGAUCACCUGGUCUUGCACACGGGCGAGAAGCCACACGCCUGCUCCAUCUGUGGCCGAACUUUCGCCCAGCGGAACGGCCUCCUUAACCACCAGCACAUCCACAGGGCUGAGAUGCGGUUUUCGUGUGAGCUGUGCCCGUCCAAAUUCUGCAAGAAGGAGUCUUUCGACAGGCACAAGCAGCUACAUGCGAGUGGUGUGCAGCUGUACCACUGCCACGAGUGCAGCAAGGUGUUCGAGUCGAGGACGAAACUGUUGCAGCACGAGAAGUGGCACAAGAGCGAGAAACCAUAUCCGUGCCAGCUGUGCCCAGCUGCCUUUGUAUAUAGCAAAGAUCUAGGCAGGCAUCUACUGGUGCACACAGGUGAAAGGCCAUAUGGGUGUACUGUGUGCCAAAAACAGUUUGCCUGGAAGAACAACCUCGCAUUGCACAUGCGCCGGAUGCACAGCGGAGUCAAGGCCAGUGUGGCAGGUGUUAGUGGCCGUACAUUGCUGAGUAGCCCACCGACCACGCAGCCUCCUGCAAACAUGGGCCUCAUCUUUGAGCCAGAAUGCAUUCUGCAGUGCUAUGAGGAAGAGCACUACGGCAACAGUGCUGCUAAAAUCAAAGAAGAGGAGGGCAACGAAAGGAUCAUGACAAGUGUUCACAUCAAAGCUGAACCGAGUAGCCCUACAACCAUGCUGCCUCCUGUCAUCACAAGUGUUUACACCAAAGCUGAACCAAGUAGCCCUACGACUACACCGCCUCCUGUAGAACCUGUGCCUCCUGUCAUCACAAGUGUUUACAUCAAAGCUGAACCGAGUAGCCCUACAACUACACCACCUCCUGUAGAACCUGUGCCUCCUUGGAUACUUGCCACUUUGGAUGUGCUCUGGGAGAAAGACAGUCAGCAAACCACUGAAACUUCAGGAGAUGCAGCCACCAUGGAUAGUGACCCAAGUUCGCCCAGAGGCCAGCUCUUUUUAAACACCAACGUGUCCACACUGGUGAGAUGCCAGUAUGCGUGCCAAGUGUGCCCGUCCAAAUUCUGCCAUAAGGCAUCUCUGGAUAGGCACAAGCAGCUACACGCUAGUGGAGUUGACCUGUUCCACUGUGACGAGUGCGGCAAGACCUUCAGGCACAAGAGUAACCUACAGCAGCACCUGAAGUGGCACAAAAUGGAGAAGCCAUACAAGUGCCAUCUGUGCCCGGCCGCCUUCGUACAGAAGUUACGUCUGGAAAGCCAUAUGCUCAAGCAUACGCGUGAAAGGCCAUACAGCUGUCCUGUGUGCCAGAAAUGCUUUGCCUCACGGAAUUGCCUCACAAUGCACACGCGCUGGCUUCACGACGGAGUGGAGGCGGCUGCAGCAAAUGUGAACACCAGGGCUGAGACAGUGUUGCCAAGCAGCCUUUCGACUGUGCUGCUGCCUGGCCCGCUAGACAUAGAAGGAAAAGAACCACCUGAGCAAGCAUCCCUGCCACCAAGGAUCAUCGUCAUCAACCUACAGACAAGCAGCACUGAAACUUCAAGGGAUUCAGCCAUCAUGGAUAGCAAUCCAGGACUAUCUGAUGGCACUGUAGGAACCCCAGUGAAGAAGCCUCGCAGGAGUGUCGGCAAGAGCCACGAGUGUAGUGUGUGCAGGCAGCGCUUCACGAGGAAGGAGUCUCUCAAAUAUCACCUGGUCUUGCACACGGGCGAGAAGAAGUACGCCUGCCCUGUCUGUGGCCGGAAGUUUGCCCUGAGGUCCAGUGUCAUCAGGCACCAGCACGUUCACACGAGUGAGAUGCGGCAUGCAUGCCCACGUUGCCCGUCGAAAUUUGGCAAGAAGAGGUCACUUGAGACGCACAUGCGGUUACACGUGAAUGGAGUGGAUUUGUGCCACUGCCCCGAGUGUGGCAAGUCCUUCAAGCAGAUGAAGACGCUGCAGUGGCACCUCAAGUGGCACAACAGAACAAAGCCAUACGCAUGCCACCUGUGCCCAGCUGCUUUCAUUGACAACAGUGCUUUGACCAGGCAUGCGAUGGUGCACACAGGUGAAAAACCACACACCUGUCCUGUGUGCCAGAAACGCUUUGCCUUGAAGAAUAACCUCAAAUCACACAUGCGCCUGAUGCACGGUAGAGUUGAGACCGCUGUGGCAAGUGCUGACAGCAGCGUGGAGAUUGCGAUACCAAGAAGCACUCCGAGCACGCUGUCUCCUUCUGUGACAAGCGUUGACAUCAAAGUGGAGCCAAGUAGUCCUCCGACCACGCCACCUCCUGUUGUGACAAGCGUUGACAUCAAGGAGGAGAUUGUGCUACCGCAUAGCCCUCCGCCUUCACUGCUUUCUGGCCCUCUAGACCCCAUGGAUGGAAAAGAACUAUCUCAGCUAGCAGCCCAGCUGCCAAGCACCACCUCCAUAACCCUACAGACAAGCAGUGCAAACUUCGCGAGACACAGCCAUCACGGAGAGUGACCCAGGAAUCCCUGGCGGUACCAUUUCAACUCCAGCAAUGCAGGUUAGCAAGGGCAUUGGCGUGAACGGAUCCCACGAGUGCAGUGUGUGCAGGGAUUGUGUCACUGCACAUGGGGGACAAGGCAGACGCUAGCCCCAUUUGUAAGCGGACGCUUACCCCAGAGCACUCACUCACGACCCAACAACUCACGCAGUCUGAUGGCAAGGAGUGGUUCACCUGCUCUGUGUACAGCCAGCGGUUCCUAUGUCUGCAGAACCUUGUCACGCACGAGAGCACUCACAUGGACGAGAGGCCAGUUUCAGAGCUACGGCUACUCGGUGACGUUCAUGUGGAAAGUGUUACUCACAAGUCAUAUGCUGACGCACGUCGGCGAGGGGCUGCACAAGUGUGACAUGUGCAGCCUGCAGUUCACACAUAAGGCAACGUUAAGUCACCAUCGCCACAUGUGCGAGAAGCCGUACAUGUGUGAGCUGUGCCCGUCUACUUUCUGUCGCAAAAAGUCACUGGACAGGCACAAGCAGCUGCAUGCACGUGGAGUGGACCUAUGCCACUGCAAUGAGUUGGCAAGACGUUUGCACAGAGGGAGCCUUGGAGCAGCACCUGCAGUGCCAUGCAACAUCAAAGUCUCGCACAUGCCACCUGUGUCCAGCUGAGUUCAUAGAGGAGUAUCAUCUGAACAUGCACAUGCAUAUACACAUGGGCAAGCAACCAUAGAAGUGUUCCAUGUGUGAAAAGUCACUUUGCCUUGUCCUGUGACCUUGGGAAGCACAUGUGUCAUAUGCACAAUGGGGCGAAGUUCAGAAUGAUGCGUGUUGGCUACAGGCCAAUGCUUUCACCACCAAGUAGCUGUUCCAGCAUGUCACCUCUUGCACAUGUAAAAACUGAAGAUUUCGAAGACCUGUGCUACUGUCUGCUUGGCUUUAGUAAAGUGUGCAAAUGUAUACAGAAAGAUAUACUUUGCAUUUUGGCUUCUCUGAUCUUAACUGCUCAGAAGUUGGUGCUGUGUUAUGCCAGAUUGCUAGUCUCAGAACCUGGCAUCUUGAACACUCAAUGACAUGUUAUGUUAUUUGCACUGCAUAGCCCAGGCAUUGUGCACAGAACUUGCAUAUUCCAAGAAUAUGCCGCAAGGAAAUUUUAUAUACUACUUCAACCACUAUGUGAAAAUACGUGCACACUGGUUAGAGAAAUUUUAAUUAUAACUGGAGAAGUUAGCUGAGAAAAGGCUUCACGUGCAGCUGCAGGUUUACUAUAUCGCAAGAGACCAAAAAUAGAGAGAAAAAAGAAAUGCUCACACUUUCACUUCCACAAACUCAGAAAUGUGGACAACAGUGAGUACCAUGAUAUGAACAGAGUGGAAAGUAGAGCUUUAUGACCAUCAAUAAACAAAAUAAUAUCCAGCUCUGUCUCUUUGGCUGUAGCAGUGCAGACCCUGUCUGAUGUUAUCUUAAAAUAAUUUUAAAAAAAAACAGCUCACACCUUAAAAGCACCGGCUAUGAAUGUUUCACAGGAAACCACAAUACCAUAUUGCUUUCACUGUUGUAUAUUUGUAAGCAAUACUGGAGUGGUAACACGUGAUUGCAUGGUUAAUUGAGCUAAGUUCAAAAUAUAUAUUUUUAAUUUUCAUUUAUUUAUUUAUUUAUUUAUUUUUCUUUAUUUAU